GUGCUCGAGCGUUUCGGCGAAGGUCGCGAAGGUUGCGAAGGUCUGCGCAACCUUGCGUUAGAAGGUGCGGCGCGUUCGGUCAUCGAAGGAUCUCUUGAAUCUUUGCCUACUCGAGCUCCUUACGAAGUUUUGAGAAUCAUGAGCCUCGUCCUCGAGAAUCUUUGCAUGUCUGCAAGCGGCAACCACGAGUUGCGCAUUUGCCUGAAAGAGUGGCAAAAUGUGCUUGAAGCAGCGAGACGCCAAGGAGAUUGGGCUUUGCAGGCAAAAGCGGUGUGCGAUCGACUGCAAAACUCGCUUGGCGAAAUUUCUCAGCGCUAUAUUGACGCACUUCAGCCGACGGCACAGAGCAUGGGAAACAAGCUCGGUGUGGAUGGACACGUGCUCGACCUGUUCUCGGAAGAAAUCAUCCGUGGAACUGCAGCGGCGCCACUUUCUCAAAUGCUCAGAGUUCUCGACCCAGUUAUUCGUAAUGUUGCGAACAUGGGCAGCUGGCAAAUCGUCAGUAACGCCGAGUGUAGUGGCGUGAUUGUUUCGGUCGCAUCCCUCGCCGAUGUGCAAAAUGUCAAGUAUUCUCAACCGACUGUCAUUAUUGCCGACCGCGUUGGUGGCGAAGAGGACAUUCCGGUUGGCGUGGUCGCGAUCGUUACUCCUGAUAUGCCAGAUGUGCUGUCUCACUGCGCCGUUCGCGCCCGUAACGAAAAGGUUCUUUUCGCUACUUUGUUUGACGUGAAUGUUCUAGAACAGAUGAAAGCCAUGACCGGGAAAUCCGUGCAACUCAAGCCGUCUGCGCAGGGCGACGAUUUGCAAUUCGAUGUUGUCGACGGCAUCAUCGGUACCGACGCGGAGGUCAUAGCAACAUCGUCGAGCGAUUCCGUUUCGAGUGACAUAUCGAUCAUCAAACGUCCGUUUCAAGGAAAAUUUGUCGCCACGUCAUCAGAGUUUACCCCAGAGCUUGUCGGCGGCAAAUCUCGAAACUUGCAACUCCUUCGCGGUCGAGUCUCAAACCUCAUAAAGUUACCGCCGUCCGUUGCGAUGCCUUUUGGUACGUUCGAUGCAGUUCUUGAUGUCCCUGAGAAUGCAGGCGCAAAGAGACAAAUUGCAGAGUUAGUCAAACAACUUGAAGCGUACGACUCCACAGACGGCGUUGGCUUCAAAGCACUCAUUGCGGAAGUCAAGGCAUGUAUCGCCACUUUAAAACCGACGGCCGACCUGUCGAAAAGUUUGAAAGUCGCCUUCGAAGCCGAAUCACUCGGUUGGCCGGGAGAUCUCGUGACGAGCGCUCAAGGUCAAAAGGCAUGGAAGACGAUUCUUGGCGUAUGGGCAAGCAAGUACAACGAGCGAGCCGUUUUGAGUUGCAAAAAGGCAGGGCUGAAUCACGCCGAUUUGUCCAUGGCUGUGCUUUGUCAGCCCGUCGUUCGUGCGCGAUACGCAUUCGUACUGCACACAGUGAAUCCACAAAACAACGACAAGAGCGAAAUUUACGGUGAGCUUGUGUGUGGUCUGGGCGAAGCGCUCGUCGGUAACUUUUCUGGUCGAGCAUUGUCAUUCAAGACAUCCAAGAGCAAUUUGGAUAAUCCGACCGUCGUCGGGUUCCCUUCGAAGUCAAAAGGACUUUUCAUGGAGCAAGAUUCACUUAUUUUCCGAUCCGAUAGUAACGGCGAAGACCUGGAAGGGUUCGCCGGUGCGGGCUUGUACGAUAGCAUCACCAUGGAGGAGGCAACGUUGAAAAACGUCGACUACUCCACCGACAGCCUCAUUACGGACGAAACCAAGCGACAAAAGCUUUUAGCGACCAUCUCCAAGGUUGCACUAGAGAUUGAGACACUUUGUGGGUCUCCUCAAGACAUUGAGGGCGCGAUAUCUGAAGAUGGGCAGCUCUACAUCGUUCAAACGCGACCUCAAGUGUAG